AUGAAAAACAUAACUUAUUUGUCUUUUGUACUGCUAAUGCAGUACUCGUUUAUCGCGUGGAACCAUGAUAAGAAAAACACCAAUUUAUUAAAUGAAACAUGUGAGGCUUUCCAAUUCUUCCCUUUAAACAAUCUAAAAAAUAAUAGUGGCAAUAGAAUUUUAUAUGAACUUAACAACCCUCUACAUAACAUUAGAAAUAAAGCGCCAUUGGGCAAUUUUGGAUUAAAAGACAAUGGUAAUUUGAUGGGUAAAGAUUAUAUAUUAUCUGAAAAUUAUAGUAGUAGUAGUAACCGAAAAAAUGAAAGAAAUGUUUUGGAUAACCCUGUACCAGUGCCAGAACAAAAGAAUGGAGAGGUAAGUUAUAAAGAUUAUUUUGAUAAUCAUCAGACUAGUGAAUGUAAGCAAAAAGAGAAAACUGAAGUUCAUGCUUGGGUUUGUGAUGAGAAAAAAAAGAAUUGCGCGCCAAGUCGAAGAAUCAAUUUAUGUACUAAUAGAUUAGAGAUAAUUCCCAAUAAAAUAGAAAUAACGGAUUAUGAAAUGAAAGAAUCAUUAAUGGACUAUUUUAAAAAAUUUAUAUAUGAAGAUGCAGCAAAUGAAGGAAAAUUGUUAUUAAAUAAAUAUGAUGACAAAAACAAUAAUGAAUAUUGUAAUGAUAUGGUUAACAGUUUUGGGGAUUAUAAAAAUAUUGUUGAAGGUACAGGCUUAACAAAUGUAGCAAAUGCAAAUUUGUUAGAAUUAAAAAUUCAAAAUAUAUUUGGAGCCGAUGACAAUGCUAAAAGAGAUAGAAAAAUUUGGUGGAAGCGCCAUGAAAAUGUUAUAUGGAAGGCUAUGGUAUUAGGAAAAGAUUUUAAUGAAGAAUCAAAGUAUGAAAAUAUUUGUACUAAUUAUAAAAUAGAAGAUUAUCAUUUACAAAUUGAAAGAUGGGCUAGAGAAUGGAUUCAUGAAUUCAGUAUACAAUAUUUUAAAGAGGCAAAUAAAAUAAAUAAUAAAUGUAUUAAGAAAAGUAAUAUAUUCACAGAAAGUGUAUGCACUGAUACUGAUUGUAAAAUUGCAUGUAAUGCUUAUGAGAUAUGGAUAAAUGAAAAUAGAUUUAAAUGGAAUACAUUAUUACAAAGUUUUGCGAAUUUUAAAAACGAUUAUUUUUAUGACGAAACUUGUAAAGAUAAAGCAUAUAAUUCUUUAAUGAUAGAAUUUAAAGAAUCAUACGAAGUUAACUUUGAAAAUGUUAUUAAUCUUGAUGAUGAUCAUUAUACAGGAUCGUGUGUUUGUUCUUCUACUAAAGAUAAUAAUACUGUUAUUAAGAAUAGUUUGAGUUCCGAUCCCACUAUCGAAAGUACAAAACUCACAGAUCAAUCACAAAAUGAUUUAUUACCUCCAUCUAGUACUAACACAGUACCUGAUUUGUUUAAAGACGAUGAUGAUGAUGAAGAAUUAAACUUAUUAUCACACCAUAAUGCUGACAGUCAAGAUUCGAGCAAUAUCAUACCUACUGAACAGAUUACUGUUAAUAACGAGCAAAGUAAAUUAAAUCAACGUCCAGAGAGUGAUACUCAAUACAAAUUACAAAUUAUGGAAGACCAUGUAAAUAGUGAUAACACCUAUCACAAAAUAAAAAUACCACCACAGGAAAAUAAUAUUCAAAAUAUAGCCCCUUCAAUUUCAAAGCCUGUAACUAUCAAUCCACCUACAAAUCCUGUAACUAUCAAUCCACCUACAAAUCCUGUAACUAUCAAUCCACCUCCAAAAUCUGCAAAUAAAGGGGUUAAAGAACAUGAAUUUAACACUAAUGUAUUAGAAAAUAGAGUUACUAAGGGCGAAGAAAUGAAAUCCUUCCAAAUACCAUUUAAAAAUGAUCCUAAAUAUGAUAAUACUCUAAGUAAAGAUGUUGGUAUAAGUAAUAAUGCUAUCGAUAGUGGAAAUGCCAACAAAUUGGAAAUAUAUGAAUAUGAGCAUAGAGACAUAAAAAAAACCAGGGAUAGUAUAAUAAUGCUAGCAACUGAAAAUGUAUGCAAUGAUAAUCCUGCUUUAGAAUACUGUAAAUCUAUAAAUAAUAAAUAUUCUCAUGGAACAUGCCCAAAAAAUAAAACACAAAAUCUUUGUUGCUCAAUUUCAAAUUAUUGCAUAAAAUUUUUUAAUAUAAACUCAAAGAAAUAUUAUGAUUGUAUGAACAAAGAGUUUAUGGAUCCAGCCUAUCAAUGUUUUCAAAAAUCGAGCUAUUCAAAUCAAUACUACUUUGCUGCCGGAAGUAUAAUAAUUAUACUUAUAUUACUUUUUGCGUCCGUUGGUUUUUAUGGGAAUAAAUCCGAAGAAGAGACAUUCACUAAUUAUGAGGAAUACUUAUAUAAAUCCUAUAAUCAAACAAUGAACAACGAUUUUAAACACAUGCAAGAAUAUAUACCUGUAGAUUUUUAUUAA